ACUACCGGAACAUCCCGCAGUCUGUGCCCGCCGUUACCGAGACGAGCUGAAGCUAACCGAGGCUUGAAUUGGUGCUCGGCGGUGUCAAAGGUCUCCUUCAGGGGAUUUAUUGAGGAUUUACCGACGAAAAACGCUAAAAAAAAAAACAGCCACCAUUGGUCUGCACAGGUGACUCUUCCCGGCUGUCAAAUCUCCCGAGAGCCUGCAGACACGAGUUGUUUGGGGGUUGUUUUCGGUCGUUAAAGGCCUGUGUAAAAACAGACAAUCCUCCUGAAGCUGUCAGCCGAGAAAUUAAUGAAAAUACUGCCGAGCUGGAGAAGACGGGGACUAAGCCGAGCCUGCAAGCUCGGACGGGGAAUGAUGCUAAAGCCUGCCGUAUGUGCUGUGUAAUGCGGUAGAGCAGCUUCAUUUUUUGGUGCCCUGUCUCUACCCAUGAAGUCCCACCUGCCUCCCCAGUUGGAUUGAUAAAGUGCUGUCAAGGUGGUGGAGGUUUUUGUAUUUAUUUUUUCUGAAACGAGCACUUUUUUUUUGCUCGCUUGACAUUUACCACCGCUGGAGGAAGGUUUAGUGAAGAGGACAAGGAGAAGGAGACAUUUGAGGACGAACACAUCAUCGGGAAUCUGGCGUCCCAGCUGCACCCGUGGAUCACAAAUGAACAGGAUUCCGCAGCUGUAGAAAACAAUCUGGAUAAUGGGGGACCAAUAGGGAUGAAACGAAACAGAACCAUGGCUAGGGAAGCGUUUCGGAUCCUUGUUGCUCUGAACCAACACUGACCUGGCACCCACACCGAGGUCAGGCCUCCUCCUCCGACACCCCGAGGACCCUUCUUUCCCCCAACAGCUGCUUUGCCCUCCAUCUCACUCAGCACUCCUGGUCUUGAUCAAACCUUCAAAAAAGCUCCACAUGGUCUUUUAGGGUUAGGGGUGCUUCCAGACUGGUGGUUAUAAUCCCAUAUAAAGGACUGUAUUUCUCCAGAACAGACUAUAAGCAGUUGGCUGAACAGUACGCAUCCAACCAUGCAACCUCUUCCACUUGCUCGAAGUAAACAAAGGCAACGGGGUUUGUUGUCCAGGACGCUACCCCUUAGUCUCAUGACAGACUGGUGCCUAAUGGGUGUGCUCGGCCUCAUCCUGCUCUGCAGCCUGGCUUCGAGCCAGAAGAUGGACCCUUCCAAAAACCCCAUAGUCACCACCAACUACGGCAAGAUCCGAGGCAUCAAGAAGGACUUGAACAACGAGAUCCUUGGCCCUGUAGAGCAGUACCUGGGCGUCCCCUACGCCACGGCACCCAUCGGCGACCGCCGCUUCCAGCCACCCGAAGCCCCGGGAUCCUGGCAGGAGAUCCGCAACGCCACCCAGUUUGCCCCUGUGUGCCCUCAGAACGUCCACGGCGUGCUCCCGGAGAUUAUGCUGCCCGUUUGGUUCACGGACAACCUGGACGUGGCGGCGGGUUACAUCCAGAACCAGAGCGAGGACUGCCUCUACCUCAACGUCUACGUGCCCACAGAGGAUGGUCCGCUCACAAAAAAACAUGAUGAAUCUUCAAUGAACAAGCCUCGAGACGAAGAUAUUCGUGACCGCAGGAAGAAGCCGGUGAUGCUGUUUAUCCACGGAGGCUCCUACAUGGAAGGCACCGGAAACAUGUUUGACGCCAGCGUCCUGGCCGCCUACGGCAACGUCAUCGUGGUCACCAUGAACUACCGACUGGGCGUGCUCGGCUUCCUCAGUACCGGCGAUCAGUCUGCUAAGGGGAACUACGGCCUGCUGGACCAGAUUCAGGCCCUGCGCUGGCUCAACGAGAACAUCGGUCACUUCGGAGGAGACCCAGAGAGGAUCACCAUCUUCGGCUCCGGAGCUGGGGCGUCCUGCGUCAACCUCCUCAUCCUCUCGCACCACUCGGAAGGUCUGUUCCACAGGGCCAUAGCUCAGAGUGGAACAGCCAUCUCCAGCUGGUCUGUCAACUACCAGCCCCUCAAGUACACAAAGAUCCUGGCCCGGAAGGUGGGCUGCACGUACACAGAGACGGCCGACCUGGUCGACUGCCUGAGGCGCAAGAACUUCCGGGAGCUGGUGGACCAGGACAUCCAGCCAGCCCGCUACCACAUCGCCUUUGGCCCCGUGGUGGACGGAGACGUGGUGCCCGACGACCCUGAGAUCCUCAUGCAGCAGGGGGAGUUCCUCAACUAUGACAUCCUGAUAGGAGUGAACCAAGGCGAGGGGCUGAAGUUUGUGGACGACAGUGAGGACAACGACGGCAUCACAGCUGCUGCUUUCGACUACACCAUCUCCAACUUCGUGGACAACCUCUACGGCUACCCUGAAGGCAAAGACAUCCUGAGGGAGACUAUCAAAUUCAUGUACACAGACUGGGCAGACAGAGACAAUGGCGAUAUGCGAAGGAAGACCCUCUUAGCGCUGUUCACAGACCACCAGUGGGUGGCGCCGGCAGUGGCCACCGCCAAACUCCACGCCGAGUUUCAGUCUCCGGUUUACUUUUACACAUUUUACCACCACUGCCAGACGGAGACGCGCCCCGAAUGGGCCGAUGCCGCACAUGGAGAUGAGAUACCGUACGUAUUUGGCGUGCCCAUGAUCGGUGCUACGGAUCUGUUCCCAUGCAACUUCUCGAAGAACGACGUGAUGCUGAGUGCCGUGGUCAUGACUUACUGGACCAACUUCGCCAAGACUGGGGACCCCAACCUGCCAGUCCCUCAGGACACCAAGUUCAUUCACACAAAGCCCAACCGCUUUGAAGAGGUCAUCUGGACCAAGUUCAACUCCAAGGACAAGCAGUACCUCCACAUUGGCUUAAAGCCUCGUGUUAGGGACAACUACAGGGCCAACAAGGUGGCUUUCUGGCUGGAGUUAGUCCCCCAUCUCCACAGUCUACAUGAGGAGCUCUUCCCCACAACCACCCGUUCUCCGUCGGGUCCUGGCUCAGGCAGCCAGAGACCCUGGCCAAGAACACCGGGCCCUCGCACCACGCGUCACCCCUACCCUACCUUCCCCUCUGAUCCGGAGCCUUAUGGUUCGGAGCGUCCACGGCAGGAGCUUUUCCCCGGAGACACCCGGGACUAUUCGACUGAGCUGAGUGUGACAGUCGCUGUGGGGGCGUCACUGCUCUUCCUCAACAUCCUGGCCUUUGCCGCACUUUACUACAAGCGUGACAAGCGGCACGAGAUGCGACGACACCGGCUGUCUCCCCAACGGGGCGGGCCAGCCAAUGAUCUGGCUCACAGCCAGGAGGAGGAGAUCAUGUCGCUGCAGAUGAAGCACUCGGAGCACGACCCUCACCACGACAUGGAGCCUCUCCGGCCCCACGACAUCCUACGACCCGCCUGCCCGCCAGACUACACGCUGGCGCUGCGCCGUGCCCCCGACGACGUGCCGCUGAUGACGCCUAACACCAUCACCAUGAUCCCCAGUACCAUCACUGGCAUGCAGCCUCUUCAUGCCUUCAACACGUUCCCCUCCACCGGCCACAACAACACCCUGCCCCAUCCCCACUCCACCACCAGGGUAUAGUAGGGACUAAGGACCAGAGAUACUGGCUCGAGAAGGGAGGCCUCUGGAUUUGGGCCUUUGUUCUGUUCUCUUAUACUCUCUCUCCAAAAACAACUCCACCUCCUCCAUCAUGCUGUCAAACUUAGCAGCUCCACUGGUGGCGUGUGGAGAAGCAACUGAACUGCAUGGCAGCAGAUGAUCAGUUAAGGGGUGACUCAGAUCUCUCAAAGAUACUUUCUUCAAAGGUCUGCUCUUUCUCGACUGAAGCCCCCUGACAUUUGUCAGAAGGACGAAUGCUUUUUUCGACCCAUGCAGUUUCCAUCAUCUUCUUCUUUUCGCUCCCUGGUGUGUUAUGUGCAUAUAUUGUUCUCUUUUCUACAUCUGUGUCUCCUUCCCUGCUUUGUUCCUCUCAUUCGACAUGUGGUUCUCUCCCUCUCCCUAGCGCUCCUUUGCUCUAAGGACUCACAAGCAGCUGAGCUGUAGGAGUGGGCAUAGAGUACAUACAGUAAUCACAUAGCUAUGAAAACAUUGAUAUCUGAUACUUUCAUUACUACCAGCAUUCUUUGUGCCAAGUAUGUACUACUGUGUUUGCAUCGAGGGAGAAAAAAACUAAAGAAGAUUCUCCAGUAUUCCUAUUUACUGUCAAUGAACAGAUGCUGUGUGUUCUCAUGACAAAGUGCCAAACUGGCCCUUGAUUGUGUUUUAUUCUUUCUCACAUCUUCUGUUCUCUUUUUUUUUUCAAGCAUUUGUUUAAUUGUUGUUUUUUGUGGAAAGAUCUUUUUGCUGAAAAUAUAGAUAUAGAGAAAUGAUAUUAUAUAUAGUUAUAUAUAAAUGUGUACAAAGGAGAAAGUAUAUAAAUGGGUUUUCUCAGUGGGGAUCUAUGCAUG